UUGCGGUUUCGUUGUGAUUAUUCUCGAAAAUUGUGUGAGUAGUCGGUCGAUUACGUUCGAAAAGCACUAGAUUUCGCAAAAACUGUGACUGAUUCCAAGAGCAAAAUAUUGCAUCUCUCAACUCUUGAUCUCGGUGUUGUGGAGCAACAUUAUAGUGCAAUAACUUCGUUUUAAGUAUUGUGGAUAAUUAGAGAACGCUUAUACUCGUGUAGUGUGAGAUGGCCAAAUGGGGAGAAGGUGACCCUCGUUGGAUCGUGGAGGAGCGACCUGACGCUACCAACGUGAACAACUGGCAUUGGACGGAGAAAAAUGCUGGACCGUGGUCCAAGGACCGCCUGAAGGAACUCCUAACGAAUUUAAAAAUAGCUCAAAAUGGUAUUGACUGUAAGAUUACUGAAGUAGAAAAAGUUGAUGGUGAAGCGUCAGCGAAUAAUAGGAAAGGAAAAUUAAUAUUCUUUUAUGAAUGGGACAUUAAGAUGAAAUGGGAAGGGAGGCUCUCUGGGGGCAAUGAGACUGUUAAGGGUGAGGUGCACAUCCCUAACCUUUCGGAGGAGAAUGAUGUCAGCGAAGUGGACAUGACUGUAACAAUCAAAGGUAGUGGCGAAGAAGCUCAGCGUGUAAAAGCAUUUAUGCACAACUUUGGUCGUAAUGAGAUCCGGAAACAGCUAUCAGAAUACAUACGCAGUCUCAAAGAAGAGUUUUCUAAAGGUCUCAUUCUUCCCAAAAAAGAUGAAGCUCCUGUCAAACCAGACAAUGUAUCUAUGAUUACCAGUGGUUUCAAUAAGAAAGUAUGCAUGGAACCACUCAUUUCACCUCAGAAUAAUGUACAGAUUGGAUGCAAGCUAGAUACUAAAACAAUUGAACUAUCAGAGACUUUCCAAUGCCGUGCACAAGAGUUUUACGAUGCUAUGACUCGGUUAGAGAUGGUGACAGCAUUUACUCAAGGACAUGUGAAGCUUGAGGCCGAAAAGGGUGGGAAGUUUUCUCUAUUUGGAGGGAAUGUAACUGGAGAAUUUAAGGAAUUGGUGCCGGGGAAGAAAAUUGUGCAAUAUUGGCGAUAUAAGCAGUGGCCUGACCAACACUUCUCCGAAGUAACCUUUAACAUUGAAGAGAAGGAGGACCAUACCUUAGUGACACUGAAGCAAGUGUUGGUGCCAGCUACAGAGGUGGAGCAGACCCGCGUGAACUGGAAGAGAUACUACUUCGACAGUAUUAAACGCGCCUUUGGCUUCGGUGCGUUCCUGUGAUUGCUACUGCACGCUAUUUGUAGAAGAAUUAGAUUCAAUUUAACGACGAUAAGUGUUUCUAUUGAAGAACAAGUCUCCGGCCUUAGCAUGGUUUGCAGAUAUCUUUAUAUACAAUUGUAACACAGCUGUGAUUUUUUUUUUCAAUAUUUAUUAGUGUUUUAAAUGUAAUUCCAAAGUACAAUUAUAAUGUCACAACAUGCAUGACAAAUAUGAAGUUUCUAACCAACGUCGGGCUUUAGUAAUUAAUUAUGAUCUAAACUCGUAUGUUUGAAAGAAAAUUUUUGCGCAGUCUUAGGAAUUCCCGCAACUACCGUAUCAUAUCUAGUUUGUACGCAUCAAGUAUAUAACCAGAAAUAAGCGACGAAACGGCAUUUAAUUUGUUUGAAAACUAUUCUACCAAAUCAUUACAGUAACAACUGCGCGCCGAUUGGCCAGCCCGAAUUCGAAACAAUUAAGGGGUGUCAAUUGUUUUACUUCAAAUCGACCAGUUUAACUUGAGCUUUGCUAUAAUGGAAGAAAAUUGAAAAAUUACUUUCAU